AUGAAAUGGGAAAUAGUGAGACUAGCCAUUCGAAAAAAAAGAAAUCUGGAAUAUCUGCUUCUUAAUUUUGAGAUAUAUUUAUUUAUACUGAUAAACCAUAUUAUUUCUCUGGUGAAGUUAUACUUGGUAAAAUUGAUUUUUACAAUUAUGUAGGAAAUAUAUAUUUAAAUAUAAUUAGGGAUGGAUUUCCAGGAUGUGGAGUUUAUUUGAGAGUCUUAGCCUAAGAGAAAUGUAAAUGGACAGAAACAUCAACAAGCACUUCAACUGAUUCAGAAAGUAAUACAUCUAUAAGCACAACUACUUAUACAUAUACAGGAAAGUCAUAUAUUUAUUAACAUAAGUUGGAAUUACAUAAUUUUGAAAGUCCUUUAUUACCAUUAGGGUAAUUUGUAUUUCCUUUUUAAUUUUAACUUUUCUCUUAUCUUCUUGGUUCAUAUUAUGAAAAGGAUUUAGCAUAAAUUAGCUGUUUUAUCUAAGAAAUCCUCUUAUAAUUCUAUUAUUAACAGACAACGAUUAAUCAUAAGAGAACCAAUACGAUAAAAUAAAAAACCUUUGAAUGGUCAAAUGUUGGUUCAUUCUCAGGAUUGUUGUUUUCCAAGUGA